AUGUCGGCAGCCACCUGCAGCUAUCGCCGAGCCGCUCUCGCCCUACGCCCUGAUUCUGUCAGUCAUGCGUUGGAAGCGUGCAUAAACAUCCACAGCAAAGAAUCAAAAGUUGAUGAGGGCGCACUCUGGACAACUGUCAGCCUUCGGAUCGAACGACAGGGUAAAAAUGUACUGAUCGUGUUCGAUCUCGAGCUAUACUGGAACGCGACCUUCUCUCCCUUCCGACUGCGUACGCCUCGUCAACGGGAAAUCAGUCAGAUGGUUCUAUCAACGUUUUUCAACGAUGAGGAGACAACAACAACGACAACCCAGGCCGCAGAAACGACGUGGACACCCUUGGAUUUCUACGAAGCUGCCUUCGUUCCUCCAGUGACAGAUGGAUCUGCGUUGGCUAUCGAAGUACCAGGUCUUAACGCGUCACUCUACCCCUACCAGAAGAGGACUUUGAAAUGGCUACUGCAUCGUGAGGGCAUGCGUUGGGUGCCUCCUUCCGACGGGUCAGCAGCGGGCUUGAAGAGCGUAGAGGACCCUGUGACUUUGCAACCCGCCCGCAGUUUUGGGGAGAUUGCAAGCUCCGGCAACGUGCAGUGGUAUCUCAGUCAUUUGUACCAUGCAAUAAGUCCCGAGCCCUCAGCCUUCUUGAGCGCCGAGAAGGAGGUUAGAGGGGGUAUCCUUUCAGAGGAGAUGGGUCUCGGUAAGACUCUCGAAAUCAUUGGAUUGAUUCUGCUCCACAGGCGUCCACCCGCGGACGAGGAUUCGUACCUCAAUGUCAACAACGAGAGACUCCUCAAGAGCGGAGCUACGCUGAUUGUUUGCCCCGAGUCUCUGAGACAGCAGUGGAUGGAUGAGCUCGAACGCCAUGCCCCCCAUCUGCUCGUCAGCUACUAUCCUGGUCGAGCUCAAUUUCGUAACCAAUCUGAAGAGGAGGUGUUCCGAAACAUGGCGGCUCACGAUGUCAUUGUUACUACCUACAGGACGCUUACCGCCGAAAUCCACUACGCAACCAAACCACCAGAGAGAUCGAGGCGAAGAGAACGCGAAUACGAGCGCCCCAAAUCGCCCCUCACUCAGAUCUCGUGGUGGAGGGUGUGUCUUGACGAGGCGCAGAUGAUCGAGACAGGCGUUAGCGCGGCUGCCCUGGUGGCACGCGUCUUGCAUCGCGUUAACGCAUGGGGAGUGACAGGUACACCUGUGAAGAAAGAUGUGCAAGACCUGUUAGGUCUUUUACUCUUCCUACGAUUCGAGCCUUAUUGCUCAUCUCCUCAAGUUUGGAAAGCGUUGACCAAGAAUCACAAGCCGCUGUUUCAUGAUCUCUUCCAUGACAUUGCGAUACGGCACACGAAGAAACUCGUCAGAGACGAACUGGAACUCCCGGCUCAAAAGCGAUUCGUCAUUACGCUGCCCUUUACCGCCGUUGAAGAACAGCAUUAUCAAUCAAUCUUUGCCGAGAUGGCCGAGGUGUGCAAUGUCGAUCUGGAUGGAAAUCCUAUGCUGGCCGACUGGGAUCCCAAGAGCUAUGAGGAAGCCAUGAGGACUUAUCUGAAUCGCUUGAGACAGGCAGCGCUGCAUCCCGAAGUCGGCGUUCAGAACCGCCGCGCUUUGGGCCACAGAGCAGGUCCCCUCCGCACCGUUGACGAAGUGUUGACUGCCAUGAUUGAGCAGAGUGACGCUUCGAUUCGAACCGAACAACGAGCGUACUUCACCGCUAGACUCAACCAUGGUCAACUGCUCGAAAACGGUCCUCUCGUCAAGGAAGCUUUGGCGAUCUGGAACCAAACGAGGCGUGAAGUUGAAGAAGUGGUUGGGAGGUGCCGGCAGGAGCUCGAUGCUGCGAUGAACGCUGCUAAACGGACCAACUCUGAGAAUGGGGCCGCGCCCAACACGAAUGGCACUCCUGAUGAAGAUGUUAUAGAAGGACUGGACGAGUACCAAGCUAGCCCUGAGGUCGGCGAGGCUCUCAUGCGUCUUCGAUCAGCUUUGGAGGUCCAGCACCGAGCCAUAUUCUUCUGCGCAAAUGCGCGUUUUCAGAUCAAGUCCAACCCGGACUUUACUGAGCCUGACUCUGCCGAGUUCUCUGCACUGCAGAAGUUGGAAGAAGAAGGCUACGAAACGGCAAAAGGUGUACGACGAGAGAUUUUGUCAGAGAACCACAAGAAGGCCACGAAAGCAAUGCGGAAGCUAGGGAAUGAUGCUGCGUCGCAGAACUUCGUUACAAUCCCAGAGCUGAUCCCGAACCCAGUCAAGGGUUUGGAAAGCGCCGCAGUGGUGGAAAAGGUCGAGGAACUUUAUGGCUUCUUGAACUUGCAAGCAAAUCUCAUCGACGAAUGGAGAGAAGUGAUCGUUGGUCUUCUCUUGCAACCUCUUGUGGACGAAGAAAACGAAACAGAAACAACAGGCGACGAGCUUGUCAAUUCCACGGCAAUACAAGAGCAACUGAUGGUUCAUGUUCAAGUGCUUCGAGCCACCAUAGCGGAUCGACAAGAUGCCAUCUCUGGCCUCCAGAAUCUGCUUGUCAAGCACGAGACUCAAACAACAAAGGCACUGGCCAUGGACGGCGAGGGUCCUGCACCAAAGACAUUGAUUGAGCUGCUUGACGUGCGAAACAAAGUCAAACCAUCACUAGAGAAGCAUGGGUGUCUGCGCGGCGCGAUUGGCGAACUACGUGCUCUCGCCGCUAGGCUCCCGCCGCAUGAGCCUGGGAAGGAAAGCAGAGCAAACAUGGAGCAUGCAGUGGUGAACAGGCAGAUCAAGGAUAUUCAGGCCCAGAUACAAGCCCAGACGAAAGCUUCUCAACGUCUGGAACGGGAAUGCGACGAGUUCACCAACGCCAUGAACCUUCGACUGGACUACUAUCGUCAACUGCAGGCCAUAUCCGACAGCGUUGAUGUUUAUGAAGGGCCAAAGACGCAAGACGUCUUGACGAAAUGGGCAAAUGCUGCAGAGACUGCUCACCGCAAGCUCUCAUCCGCAGAAGCGAAGCACCGAUAUCUUGUCAGCCUCCGAGACGGCGGAGCAUCAAAAGCCAAUGAGCCGAAGAUGUGCAUCAUUUGUCAAACAGACUUCACAAUCGGGGUUCUCACUGUUUGUGGUCAUCAAUUCUGCAAGCAUUGCCUCAUGCUCUGGUUCAAAGCGCACCACAACUGUCCCAUGUGCAAACGAAAGCUCAAGAUCACCGAUCUCCACACCAUUACACUUAAGCCAAGAGAAUUGACUCUCCAUACCGAAGAUGUUACAAUGUCCACACCAGGAAAGAAACGCAGCACAGCCCGCAACAAAUCAGCCAUUUACUCGGAAUUUGGCGCGGACAAGCUGGCCCAGAUCAGAGACGUUGACUUGGAAGGCCCACCCUUGACCACAAAGGUUGAUUCCAUUGUUCGACACCUGCUCUGGCUCCGAGAAUCUGAUCCUGGGGCCAAAUCCAUUGUUUUCUCCCAAUAUCGAGACUUCCUACAAGUCAUAGGGUCCGCACUGUCUCGAUCUCGGAUCGGCUACACGUCGAUCGACAAGCCCAAUGGGGUCCAGCGUUUCAAAGAAGAUGCGGGCAUGGAAUGCUUCCUGCUUCAUGGACGGGCCCAGUCAAGCGGCCUUAAUCUCGUGAACGCCAGCCACGUCUUCCUAUGCGAGCCGCUACUGAACACAGCGAUAGAAUUACAGGCCAUUGCUCGUGUGGAUCGGAUAGGUCAACAGCACGAAACAACGGUCUGGCUGUACCUCGUCGAAGGCACCGUGGAAGAGUCCAUUUACAAUCUUUCGGUCAAGAGACGCCUCCAGCAUCUGAGCUCCGUCACCAAGGGAAAAUCCAAAGAAACCACCCCCGACGUGUUGGAACCGACGCUCGAAGCUGCGAACACCUUCGAGAUGGAAAAUGCAAGUCUCUCGAAACUGAUGAGCAAAGACCGAAGUGCCGGGGAGGCGGUUGAUAAGGAAGACCUCUGGGAAUGUCUAUUUGGACACGUCGCAAGAGCGGCAAACUCGGAGUCGCGAGAAGAGCGAAGAGAGAACCCGGCAGUCAUGAAUCUCCUGGCGGCCGAGGCAGCCGAGUCGCGGCGGAUGGUGGAGAACGCCAGCCAGCUCGAAACAUGAGUUCGUAGUACCUACAUAUCAAGAUACCCCUUAGUUUGGUUGCAACAGAGAGUUCGGGUUCAAGGCGG